AUGAUAACUGACAACUCUCUUAACUGGCCUCAGCUAUUGCAAUGUGAUCGAGGUCGCGAGUUUAUAGGGAAUGUGACAUUAAUAAUAGAUAAACAUAAUGUUAAUAUUCAAAGAAUUAAAGCAUGUUUUAGACAUACAAGCAUGGCAAUAGUUGAUCGUUAUACUGAAUUAUUUAAAUUAAGAGUUUUUAAAAACCAAUAUGCAAUAGAGUUUCUCUUAUCUACUG